AUUACAUUGCGGGACACUAUUAUAUUACCUUCAGUGUGUGCUGUUGCUUUCUUCCUCUCGCCUAAUAUCGUCUUAUUCGUGUGUAAUCUUUGUUCUAAAUAUGUCGUCUAACCGUGCAGAGAAAUCCGGCCUUUCCAGAGAUAUCCAGAAAAAGCUUGAAGCUAAGUACAGCCAGGAUCAGGAGGCACAGUGCCGAGCAUGGAUUGAGGAAGUCCUCGGAGAGAAACUGUCCAACUCGGAAUUGGGAAUGCACAACUUCCAACAGUGCCUCAGGGACGGACAAAUCCUUUGCAAGCUCCUCAACACUCUCAACGGAGAGCCCCUCGUCAAGAAGAUUAACCAACAGAAGAUGGCCUUCAAACAGAUGGAGAACAUCGAACAGUUCAUCAAGGGAUGCAAGAUCUUUGGACUCAAGGACGGAGAUAUCUUCCAGACUGCUGAUUUGUACGAGUGCCAAAACAUGAGCCAGGUUAAUGUCGCUCUUUACGCUGUAAGUGCCGUCUCCAUUAAGAACGGCUGGACAGGGCCCUCUAUCGGGGUAAAGCUGUCACAGAAGAACGAGAGAACGUUCACAGAGCAACAGAUGAAUGACGGCAAGACGGUGAUAGGUCUUCAGUACGGCACUAACAAGGGGGCCAGCCAAGCGGGCAUGAAUAUCGGCAAAACUAGGCACAUCAUGGACUAGUGUAGUCACUAGUGUAGGACCGCCAGAUAAUAUUCAUAUUGAACUGUUUACAUUCAUGAUUAUACUAUGAGGACUUUUAGGUUUUUGCUUUGAUUACAUUUAUUAAGAUUAAACUAAUUGUGGCAUUUUUCAAGUUUUUUUCAAUUUUUCAGAUUUUCAUGAUCAUAGCCCAACGAUUUAAGAUAUUUUUCGAAAUGUCAGUGAAAUCUGGAAAUUACAGCAAAAGAUUAUUGGCCAUAAGAUUAUUCCAACUGGUGCCUGUGGCUGAUGGCAACGGCACAAUGAUUAACAUGACUAGUAUUACGAUGUAAACAAUUACUUGAUUCUCCAACGGCACCACAUGAUCCACCAAGAUAUCCAGAGCAACACUAUCCGGGCUCCAAAGCAAGAUUCUAGAACUCCAUAGCAACACCCCUAAUCUCCAUAGCAACACGCUGAUCUCCAUGGCAACACCCUAAAUCCUGAUCUCCAUAGCAACCCUAGUAUAAGCGCAGCAGCUAACCCUCGUAUGUAUCAGGUUCUAUGCACCCUAUACGCUGUGGGCUCUGUGGCCAGUAAGAACGGUUACACUGGAGCCUCUAUUGGAGCGACGAUAUCUGAAGCUAACCCUAGAGAGUUCAGUGACGAGCAGCUUAAGCAGGGUGACACUAUGAUAGGCCUGCAAAUGGGGAGUCAUAAGGGGGCCAGUCAAUCUGGCAUGAACAUUGGCAAAUCUAGGAGUAUCAUGGAUUAAUACUCUCAUUCUAUAAAUUGCCAUAUUUGAUUCGAAAAAUAGUCAAUUUGUAAAAUUUUGACGGAUGAAGGCCGAAAGGCCGAUGAAUUUUAAAGUUAUUUCGAAUUACUUGAUUUUUGGAAGUUAAAAAGAUGUCAAUGUCCUUUAAUGUUUAAAGUAUAAUUGUUUAGAAAUUAUUUUUAAACUCAAAA